GCCCUUCCUGCGCAUGCGCCCUGACGGCCCAGCAAUGGCGGCGCCCGAGGAGUCGCUGAGGAGGCGGAAAACAGGGCACUCGGACCCGCAGCCUGAGUCGCCGCCCGCGCCGGGGCGUGACCCCGCAGGCUCUCCGGCUCACCUCCACGCGGGCACCUUCUGGCUGACCCGGAUCGUGCUCCUGAAGGCCCUAGCCUUCGUGUACUUUGUGGCGUUCCUGGUGGCUUUCCAUCAGAACAAGCAGCUGAUUGGAGACAGGGGGCUUCUCCCCUGCAGAGCAUACCUGAGGAGCGUCCAGCAGUACUUCCAGGGCAGGGUGGGCUGGGAAGCCCUCAGCUAUGCACCCACCGUCCUCUGGCUGAUGGACUGGUCAGACAUGAACUCCAACCUGGACCUGCUGGCUCUCCUGGGACUGGGCGUCUCAGCCUUCGUCCUGAUCACGGGCUGCGCCAACAUGCUUCUCAUGGCGGCCCUCUGGGGCCUCUACACGUCCCUGGUCAAUGUGGGCCAGAUCUGGUAUUCUUUCGGAUGGGAGUCCCAGCUUCUGGAGACGGGCUUCCUGGGCAUCUUCCUGUGCCCGCUGUGGACGCUUUCGAGGCUGCCCCGGCACACCCCCACGUCCCGAAUUGUCCUGUGGGGCUUCCGCUGGCUGAUUUUCAGGAUCAUGCUCGGGGCGCCCAAGGUUCAGCGGAGGAGCUGGCAGGAGCACCAGGGAAGUCAUACAGCAUCACCACCACACAGCAGAGACGGGCGUCCCCACAGCAGGACAGAGGUCACCACCACACAGCAGAGACGGGCGUCCCCACAGCAGCACAGAGGUCACCACCACACAGCAGAGACGGGCGUCCCCACAGCAGGACAGAGGUCACCACACAGCAGAGAUGGGCAUCCCCACAGCAGCACAGAGGUCACCACCACACAGCAGAGACGGGUGUCUCCACAGCAGCACAGAGGUCACCGUCACACGGUAGUGGGCUUCCCACCCCAGGGCCUGAUCAAGAUCCGGGGGGACCGGUGCUGGCGAGACCUCACUUGCAUGGACUUCCACUACGAGACACAGCCGGUGCCCAACCCCAUGGCAUACUACCUGCACCGCUCACCCUGGUGGUUCCACCGCUUUGAGACGCUCAGCAACCACUUCAUCGAGCUCCUGGUGCCCUUCUUCCUCUUCCUCGGCCGGCGGGCGUGCAUGGUCCAUGGGGUCCUGCAGAUCCUGUUCCAGGCCGUGCUCAUUGUAAGUGGGAACCUCAGCUUCUUGAACUGGCUGACCAUGGUGCCCAGCCUGGCCUGCUUCGAUGAUGCCGCCCUGGCAUGCCUGUUCCCCUCCGGUCCGGGCAGCCUGAAGGACCGAGUUCUGCACAUGCAGAGGGAAGCCCGAGGCGCCCGGCCUGAGCCCAGAUUCGGCCCGGCGGUGCGGCGUGCAGCCAACGUCUCACUGGGCGUCCUGCUGGCCUGGCUCAGCGUGCCCGUGGUCCUCAACUUGCUGAGCUCCAGGCAGGUCAUGAACACCUCCUUCAACCCUCUGCGCAUCGUCAACACCUACGGGGCCUUCGGAAGUGUCACCAAGGAGCGGACGGAGGUGGUCCUGCAGGGCACCGCCAGCCCCAAUGCCAGUGCCCCCGACGCUGUGUGGGAGGACUACGAGUUCAAGUGUAAGCCAGGAGACCCCAGCAGACGGCCCUGCCUCAUCUCCCCCUACCACUACCGCCUGGACUGGCUCAUGUGGUUCGCCGCCUUCCAGACGUACGAGCACAACGAGUGGAUCCUCCGCCUGGCAGGAAAGCUGCUGGCCGGCGACGCUGUGGCCCUGUCCCUGCUGGCACACAGCCCCUUCGAGGGCAGGCCCCCGCCCAGGGACACUCUCUGGGAACCAGGACGGCUGCACCCCGUGGAGUUGCUCCCCGCUGUCUGGAGGGUGGAGGGCGGGGAUGGACGGACGCAGCCCCGGCAAGGUGCGUCCCCAGCACCAGCAGUACAGGGAGCUGGGGCAUAGGGCAGUGGGGGUCCCUCCUCAUGGGCCAGGCCUCAGUCUUCAUCCCAGAGCCUGUGGGGGCGGGUAGCUGCUCUCCCAGCCGGUGUCCUUAGACAGGGUCACGUGAGGCAGGUGCUGCCCUCCAGGCCCACCGGGGUCCCGGCCCCACGGCUCGUCCUUCCAGGCUCCAUGCAGGUCUUCUCUGUUACUGCCCCCGCCAGGGCACCCUUCAGGUCCCCCCAGCCCCCACUCCAGGUCACGGCCUCAGUGCCUGGGGACCCUGGAGCUAGCCCGGAGGAAGGUUUAAUCCUCAGACCUGAGGGAAGCCUCUUCCGGUGAGCGCGCAGAUCGGAUCAUCUGCUUCUCAGCCAAGAGGCACCGCAACAGCUCCUCAGGUCUGGGCAGGUGCGGUUCCAUGUCAUGGGUCCCAGAGUCUCCCUUAGAAAGGGUCAAUAGUGUGCCAACUCUCCACACAGCACAUCUCUGAGCAGGCGGCAUUGUGACAGGGCACAGCACUGACUUUACAGCUGGAAGACAGGGCAGACGCGGAUCCCUGGACGCUCUGUGGAAACAAGGCUGAAGGUGAGAAGAGAGCCCAGCAGCAGGGCCCUCAGGACGGAGCCACAGCCCCAAAACAGUGGUGACAGCCUGGGUUUUUGUUCCGCCUCAUUGCUGGAAACCCAGUAAUACCAGCAGAUACAGACCACAAAACACCUCCACAGAAGUCUGUGCUCUCUGGUAAAGGGCCAGCCAAGAGCAGCCUAGGAAGGCAGAAAACUUAGAGAAAGUCACCACCACUCCAGCCUGCACCAUGGAGAAACCACGGGCCACCCGCCCCAGCAAGGGAUGGGGUAGGGGCCUGGACUCCCCUCGCUGGGGUGCUGCCAGAGGAGGCCAACAGGAAGCUGAGAUUUCCAUCCCAGUGGGCAGGAAGGACCCCCGCUGCUAUGGUGUCGGUGGAGACCACAGGAGGACCUCCUCCCUCUCCAGAGUGGUCCAAAGUGAAAACCAGCAGAGAGUCAGAACCUUCACUACCACCCCGCAGUGGCAAGGCCACCCCGCCAUGGCGUCAUGGAGGCGCCAUCCUACCCAGCAGCAGCAGGGAAUACCCCUAAUGUGUCAACUGGAGUUCUACCCCCACCUGGCAGUCAUGAGGCAGGACCCCACCCCCUUCUCUACCAGCAUGAUGUCAGAAGGAGAUUUAAAUAAGACCCAAUAUCUCCUAAUACCCAAAAUGUGGAGUUUUCAGUGGAAAAAUCGCUUGUCAUAGCGAGAACCAAGACGAUGUGAAACUGAUGAACUCAGGGAAUCAACAGGUGAGAGAGCACAAAGGUGCCAGCGGUAUUGGAGCCACUCCGCACGGGCGGCGAUGCAGCCGUCGUCACAAAGGGGUUCAGUAAGCAGGUGCAGACACAGCUGAUCGAAACGGUCUCAGCAAAGCAACAGAAGACGGUUUGACUCAACAUCUGAAUGGAGAAUGCAGAGGAAAGAAUCAAUGUAGAACAGGAAGGACCCAGUGGAACACCACCAAGGUCGCAGGCUGGGGAAACACAAGAGCCUCCGGGACCUGGGGGCCGACGAGACGGCAGCAGCAGAUCCAGAAUCCACACCGGCAAAAUCCCAGAGGGAAGAGCGAGCCGAGGGCUGAAGGUGGACUUGAGGAAAUCGUAACGGAAAACGGAACAAACCUACAGAGCCAAUAAACUGAGUAAACCCUCCACAGGAAAAACCCAAAGAAAUUCAACCCUGAACACAUCCGCCAAAUUUCUAAGAAACCCGAUCUCCACAGAAAUGCAGACAUCAGCCAGGCGUCCUCGAGUUCCCAGUCAUGGCUGACGGUGGAGCAAAGGCUAUCAAACUGUCUGAAGUCGUCCCAAGUUUACGUAGAGGAAGCAUCUGAGGUCACUGGAAAUGAACAUAGAGAGGUGAGGUGUCCCCACUUCACUUGAGCUGAUAAAAUGACAUCAGCAGACUCUGCGUAUAGCGUUGUAUGUGUAGAAUGCAGUACCAAGAGCAGCCGCCAGGAGACAGCCUGUACAGGAGAUAACACGGGAAUGCCCUAUUGACAAAUCAAAAUGCAUUCUAAGAAAUUACCAAACCCGGCCGGGCGCAGUGGCUCAAGCCUGUAAUCCCAGCAC